CUAUCAAAUUCUUCUGUCAAAAAUAAAUAAUUUUAUUUUAGUUCAGCUUUAGUGGGUGGAUGUCGUGUUGUGUAGCUUUAAAUUAAUAUAAAUUGUACCUUCCAUUUCGUUAUACACGUCUACACGUAUCCAUUUCAGCCAAACCAAAUACUAUCAGAAACAUGUCGAAAAUAAAGGCCGGACCCGUCGUCGACAUCCUCGGGGAUGAGAUGACCCGGAUCAUCUGGGACCUGAUCAAGGACAAGCUCAUCCUCCCGUUCCUGGACAUCGAGCUGCACACUUACGACCUGGGCAUGGAGUACCGCGACCAGACCGACGACCAGGUCACCAUCGACUGCGCCAACGCCAUCAAGAAGUACAACGUCGGCAUCAAGUGCGCCACCAUCACCCCCGACGAGAAGCGAGUCGAGGAGUUCAAGCUCAAGAAGAUGUGGAAGAGCCCCAACGGCACCAUCCGGAACAUCCUCGGCGGCACCGUGUUCCGCGAGGCCAUCAUCUGCAAGAACAUCCCGCGGCUCGUCACCGGCUGGGAGAAGCCCAUCAUCAUCGGCCGGCACGCACACGCCGACCAGUACAAGGCCGUCGACUACGUGGUGCCCGGCGAGGGCAAGCUCGAGCUCAUCUGGACCCCGCCCAAGGGGGAGCCCAUCAAGGAGGUCAUCCACGACUUCAAGGGCCCCGGCGUCGCGCUCGGCAUGUUCAACACUGAUGCUUCCAUCAUCGACUUCGCCCACUCUUCAUUCAAGUUUGCGCUGGACAGGAAGUACCCGCUGUACCUGAGCACCAAGAACACCAUCCUGAAGAAGUACGACGGCCGCUUCAAAGACAUUUUCCAGGAGAUCUACGAGAAGGAGUACCGCGCGGCGUACGAGGCGGCCGGCAUCUGGUACGAGCACCGGCUCAUCGACGACAUGGUGGCGUACGCGAUGAAGUCGGAGGGCGGGUUCGUGUGGGCCUGCAAGAACUACGACGGCGACGUGCAGUCGGACUCGGUGGCGCAGGGCUACGGCUCGCUGGGGCUCAUGACGUCGGUGCUCAUCUGCCCGGACGGCAAGACGGUGGAGGCGGAGGCGGCGCACGGCACGGUCACGCGCCACUACCGCUUCUACCAGCAGGGCAAGGAGACCUCCACCAACCCGAUCGCUUCCAUCUUCGCGUGGACGCGUGGUCUGCUACACCGCGCUAAGCUCGACAACAACGCCGAGCUAAAGACCUUCGCGGAGGCGCUGGAGGCCGUCUGCAUCGAGACCAUCGAGUCCGGGGUCAUGACCAAGGACUUGGCCAUCUGCAUCAAGGGCAUGAACAACGUGAAGCGCGACGACUACUUCGAGACCUUCGCCUUCAUGGAUAAACUGGCCGAAAAUCUCAAAAAGAAGCUGGGCAAGAGCAGCAACCUCUAAGUUACCACGCCUUAAUAGUUUUAUAAUGCCUAUCUUGUAUGUAACGUGCAAUUAAGCGUAUUGUAUAAUCAAUUUCAGUAUAUUCGUCACAAAAUGGAUCGAGGGUAUUAUUUAAGCAUUUACUUAUUUAUUCUUAUAUUUUAAAUAUAUUUUAAUAUAUUUCUCAAUUUAUGUAGAAAAA